UCACGUGACGUCACCACCCGGGCGGGUUGUACGCAAAGUGACCUUGCACAGAGGUUGAUGCGCAUGCGCGGUGUUCUCGCUGACAACCCCACGUGUGUAUCAGUGGAGAGAGGAGACCGGUGAUCUGUACCGGGGAUCAUGUCAUGGUUGUUCGGCUAUAACAAGGGGCAGCCCGCCCCGCCAGAUGUGCCAGGCUUUCCGGUGCCCCCGCCACCUCCUGGAGGCGGCGGAGAUGGAGGGGACAAGAAUAAACCCAAGGACAAAUGGAGCAACUUUGACCCCACCGGCCUUGAGAGGGCAGCUAAGGCGGCCAGGGAGCUCGACCAAUCACGACAUGCCAAAGAAGCUCUUAACCUGGCAAAGAUGCAAGAAGAGACCCUGCAUUUGGAGCAGCAAAGUAAAAUUAAGGAAUAUGAAGCUGCUUUAGAACAGCUGAAAAACGAACAGAUCCGAGUGCAAGCUGAGGAGCGCAGGAAAACAUUAAAUGAGGAGACAAAGCAGAAUCAAGCGAGAGCCCAGUAUCAAGACAAACUAGCAAGACAGCGGUACGAGGACCAGUUACGACAACAACAAUCACUGAAUGAAGAGAAUCUGCGAAAACAAGAGGAGUCUGUCCAGAAACAGGAGGCCAUGCGCAAAGCUACAAUCGAGCAUGAGAUGGAAUUACGGCAUAAGAAUGAAAUGCUGCGGAUAGAGGCAGAAGCGCGGGCACGGGCCAAGGUGGAGCGGGAAAACGCCGACAUCAUCCGGGAACAGAUUCGCCUGAAAGCCGCAGAACAUCGGCAAACUGUUCUAGAAUCCAUCAAGACGGCAGGGACGGUGUUUGGAGAAGGGUUCCGGGCCUUUAUAUCAGACUGGGACAAAGUAACUGCUGCUGCAGCCGGGUUGACGAUACUCGCUGUAGGUGUUUACUCUGCCAAGAACGCCACUGGUGUAGCCGGCCGGUACAUCGAAGCACGCCUGGGAAAGCCUUCGUUGGUUAGAGACACAUCCCGUAUAACAGUAUUGGAGGCGGCCAAGCAUCCAGUGAAGGUGACCAAACGCCUCUUUAGCAAAGCCCAGGAUGCCUUAGAAGGAGUCGUUCUUAGUCCAAAACUGGAAGAACGAGUAAGAGAUAUUGCCAUUGCUACAAGGAACACGAAGCAGAACAAAGGUCUCUACAGGAAUAUUUUAAUGUACGGUCCUCCAGGGACAGGGAAGACUCUCUUUGCCAAGAAAUUAGCUGUGCAUUCCGGCAUGGAUUACGCCAUCAUGACUGGCGGUGAUGUUGCCCCCAUGGGGCGUGAUGGAGUUACUGCAAUGCAUAAAGUUUUUGAUUGGGCGAACACCAGCAAGAGAGGCCUCUUGUUGUUUGUGGAUGAAGCGGACGCUUUUUUGAGGAAGAGAUCCACGGAGAAAAUCAGUGAAGAUCUGAGAGCGACACUAAAUGCUUUUCUCUACAGGACCGGGGAGCAGAGUAACAAGUUUAUGUUGGUGUUGGCCAGUAACCAGCCCGAACAGUUCGACUGGGCCAUCAAUGACCGCAUAGAUGAGAUUGUCAACUUCGCUCUGCCCGGAUUGGAGGAAAGGGAACGCCUGGUCCGUCUCUACUUCGAUAAAUAUGUCCUGAAGCCCGCGAGUGAGGGGAAGCAACGGCUGAAAAUCACACAGUUUGACUACGGGAAGAAGUGCUCCGAGCUGGCGAAACUUACCGAAGGCAUGUCCGGCCGAGAGAUCUCCAAACUGGGUGUUGCCUGGCAGGCUGCAGCAUACGCCUCAGAAGAUGGAGUGUUGACAGAAGCCAUGAUUGAUGCCCGCGUGGCCGACGCGAUCAGGCAGCACCAACAGAAAAUGGAAUGGCUGAAAGCCGAGGGCAAGGAAGAUGGGAAAGAGCCUGGAAAUAACCCUCUGCUUCCUAAUCUAGAGGGAACCCCUGUAUGAAAAAGCUGGGAAAGCCUAGGUGACCACUGAACCUUGUGACAAGUGAGAUUAGCCAAUAGCUGCACUUGACCCGGUCGGCUCUGUGCCUUCUCUACAUCCACGAAGAGUAAGCAGAACAAUGGCUGCCUCCUUGUCUGGGGAGGGGUAACAAGAAGAGGAGGCCAUUCAGGAAACUCGGCGUCAUCUUCAACAUUCAUUCCCCAAUGGACUUGUGUCUUACAUUUUUUUUUUAUACAUGUUUUAGGGUUCCCAGAGCUAUUUAUGUCUUCUAGAAAUGUAUGACCUUUGUUUUAAACCUAAAUGAAGCAGCAGCUGUAAAGUGAUCUCGGGGG